GGCCCCCGGGCGGCUCCGGCCGCUGCCGAGUCGGUCCCGCAACACCUACAUACUAACACGGGCCGGCCCAGAGAAGGUCGGGCCGCCCCGCUGCGCCGCGCCGAGGCCGGUGGGCGGCGGGCGCCAGUAAGCGAGCCGCACGACGCACGGGCUGACCGGUCUGAGGGGGGCAGUGAGAAGCAGUGUGCGCGGUGCACCGAUGUGAACUGGAUACUACGCCGCAGAGGAGUCUGGAACAGUGAGGACUGCCCUCCAGAACACCCAUCUUCACCGCUCGGCCCAAAGCCGGAACAUCCGAUUCUUCAGCCACCAGUCUCAAGACAACCACGGCGAUGUCGUCAGCCUCAGAGUUCGGCACCGUCAAUUUUGUAGUGAUGGCUCUGUUUGUGGCCGCCACGCUGGCUAUCGGCGUGUUCUACGGUCUGCGUGGACAAGACGCACAGGGACUGCUCAUCUCACGCGACAUGAGAGUCGCUCCCGUGGCCCUGUCAAUCAUGGCCACUUUUCUGUCGGCCAUUUUAAUUGUUGGGACGCCGUCGGAGGUGUUUUAUUUCGGUCUGGAGUGGUACGUGUGCGCCGUCACGUUCCCUCUGGCCUGUAUCAUCAGUGCUGCGCUGUUCCUGCCCGUCUUCCACCGGCUAGGCCUGACCAGCGUGUACGAGUACCUGGGCCUGAGGUACGACUCCAGCCUGGCAAAGGUGAUCGGGACGAGUGCGUUCAUGACACAGAACCUGCUGUACACCGGUAUCGCGCUGUACGCACCCUCGAUCGUGCUCAGCAAUGUCACUGGUAUGCCCGACUGGGCAGCCAUUGUGCUGGUGGCCUUCCUCGGCACAUCUUAUACUGCGUUUGGCGGUUUCCGCGCCGUCAUCUGGGCGGACGUGCUGCAGGCGGGCGUCAUGGUGGCCGGCGUGCUCGCCAUCAUCAUACAGGGCUGCAUUAACGUGGGCGGCUUCUCCGAGAUGCUGGACGUCAACCGGCUGCACGGGAGGCUGACGCUGUUCACCUGGGACUUUGACCCGCUGCAGCGUCACAACUUCUGGAACAUCUUCUUCGGCCAGCUGUUCAUGUGGACUUCCCUGCUGGGGGUGAACCAGCCGGCAGUCCAGAGACUUCUCAGCUUGCCCACGUACAGAAAGGCCGCCAUGACCAGUGUGUUCGGUGGCCUGAUGAUGUUCAUCAUGACCACGCUGGCCGUUCUCGCCGGCCUGGCCAUCUUCGCCACGUACUCGUCCUGCGACCCACUGCGGGCCGGCGUGACGAGCCGCCGCGACGAGCUGGUGCCGCACUUUGUGGCCGACCAGCUGGGCCACGUGCCCGGCCUGGGCGGCCUGUUCAUCGCCUGCGUGCUCAGCGGCGCGCUCAGCACCAUCUCGUCGUCACUCAACUCGCUGGCGGCCGUCACCUGGGAGGAUUUCUUCAGGGACAGCGCGUGUAUUGUUGGGCUGUCAGAGGCGGGACGGCGCUGGGCCGUCAGGGCUAUAGCGCUCGUGUACGGCAUAGCCUCAAUGCUGAUGGCAUUCCUAGCCAAGAACAUGGGCGGCGUACUUCAGAUUGCUAUUGGCGUCUAUGGUGGCUGCACGGGGCCCGUGCUGGCAAUCUUCAUACUCGCAUUGUUUGUGCCCUUCUCCAACCCGAAGGGUCUGACAGUAGGACUUCUAGUGGGCCUGGCUCUGGCCCUCUCAGCCUCGUUUGGAGCCUCGUUCGGCGGUGCUGCUCCUCCGGCCAUGCUUCCCACGGAGGUGGACGGCUGUGGCUUCAACGUCACGGUCCCAGAGAGUGCCAACGUCGCCGACAGCGCAGCAGAAAAGGUUGUGAGAAACAAGUUUUUCAGCAUAUCGUACAUGCUGUACUCUGUCCUGGGCUUUGUCGGGACAUUUGUGAUCGGCAUCAUUGUGUCACUUGUGACAGGUGGCAGCAAUAUUGAAGUGAAUCCCGAAAUGCUCAGCCCCGCUAUGUCGUGUUUCGCUCAGAAGGCAAAGUUCCGACUGCCUCACAGCAACGGAGCUUCCAACAACGCCUUCGAAAUGGAGAAGAAGUAGU